UCCGGCACGCAUGUGCCUUGGGAUAAUUUUUCACGGACCGCCAAUUUUCUCGAUAACCGAAGCGUGUCCGCGGCUCGGCCUGACUCCACGCAACCUGAUGCGAUUCUAUGAGACUCGCUACUCGCUCGCCGCAUCGAGUCCCGCUUCUUCAGUUCUCGGUCGAUCGCAGAACCGCUUCUCUCGACGGAUUUACCUUUCGCUCGUCUCUUCCCUUCUUCCUGCCAAACUGGCUCUUUGGUAUUGGCCCAGUUCGAUCCUCCCUUGAUCCUACCCCUUGCCGUGCGACGCUAGUGCCUAAAGGAGAAACGGUAGCAAGGCUAAAGGUUCGAAAAUCGAGGCCACAGCGUCCCUUGGAUAUUCGAGUUCCCAAAGAUUUCGAACGUAGUCUAUAGAGAGAGAGAGAGAGAUGUCUGUGCUCGAGUGACCCAGAGGCUGAACCUCGCGAGGAAAAUAUCCUGACUUUGGACUUUGGACUUUGGACGCCGAUCGUUCUUGAAGGAGCAGGCGAUCGUAUGAUGGAGAGACUUCUCUAAAGAGACUCAAAGAGACACGUACUUCGAGCUGCCGGAGUUUCCAGUGCUGUUGGGAGCAACGCAGUUGAUUUCAUUGAAAAAAUAUUUGAGAAACACAAUGUUGAAAGCAGUGCGUUUUCUUGUCGUUCUGCUGACUGUAAAGUCCGUAGUUAUAGUGUCGCUCGCGAUUCAUGCUGAAACUUACGACGGGCCGUCCGCUGGAAAUCAGAAGUCGAGAAAGGAUUGUGCGACGAGUUCAAAUCGCGAAAGGAUCGCAGGACAAGCAUCUUGGAUCGUGCCAGUAACGAAGAAUGCCUCGAGGGAGCCGAGAGCAUCCAAGAUGUCGUCGUUCUCGAAUGCAGCCAGGGCCCCUGCGAACGGACUUCUAUUGGCAGGAAUGGAGGAGAGAAGGAAGAAGGACAGACUGGAGCAGGCCAUGAUACCUCUGCUGGUUGCCUACAAACUAAAGUUUGCAGCCCUCGUCCCGACGAUCUUGGGAGGACUGGCCCUUCUCGUCUCAACGACGGCUCUCGCUGGUUUCUUCUUUGCCCUCUUCGCAGCCGUUCUGGGUCUGAAGACUCACUGAAAUUAGGUGCUUAGGGGGAC